CGGCCUCGUUUGCCCGAGCCAGUCAGGCGACCCCCGACAGUGAAACGUCUCAGAACUGAGGGCGAUGUUGGAGGUCAUCACUCCGAUCGGGGGUACUCUCUGCUAUCUGUCCAACUCCAAUCCCUCCACCUCUCGCAAUGCCUCCUAUCAGCUCGGAUAAAAUAAAAAUCAAUUGGUUUCCUUGCCCGACGCCUGCCGAGUCUACCGAUCGUGAGAGCUUCCCCUUUGGCGACAGCUCGGGCCGUUUGGUUGACAGAGGGGCAGCGACAUGGGCGGGCCCAGGCGUGGCAGGCACGCGAAAGCCGCCCCACCAUCCCCUCGAGUUGGGAGGCAAAUCGGAGGGCUUGGUUCCGAUUCAAAAAGCAAAGCACGCAAGAGGGGCCACCCCCCUGGGAUCAAUUCUACACGGAGAAGAGCCCUUCCCCUUUGAAGAGCCGAAAACCCGGAACCCACUGGCUGUGAAACCUCGGAAGAGGCAAAGUUUGGAUGGACGAACGAUGGUUGAUGGCAAAUCAUGGGGGAGAGAAAGAGAAGUUGUUGACUGGAUUGCCGGGGGUUGUUCCACCGGUCGAUCAUUGCGGUCGGCACGGGGUUUUGCAUGCAAUAAGGUUUCAUCCUCCGACUCGCCUUGCCACCUGGUGGUCCAUUCAAGCAAACCGCCAUCAAUGGCUGUUGAGAGGAGAACAGGAAGACAUGUACAUGGGGGAAGGUAGGGAGGUAUGGAGGUAUGGUAUAGAUUAGGUGCUUUUUUUCUUGUGUGCAUAUAGAGUGAUGCCAAUGAUUAAUGAGAUUACGAGCUCCGAAGAGGG